AUGGCGUCCUCCCCAUCAAUACCAGACACCACACCAACAGAGCCAGAAGCAGAAGCAACACUAGCAUCAGACGAAUCCCUCCGAACCGACAUGCCAAUGACAAUGGCAGCAUCAGUGGUGCUUGAACAUUUACCCCGCGAUGCGCACACCGCACUCUCAAAAGCAGGCCUCUUGGACAAGGAGAAAAGUGUUUGCGCCGGGUCUUGA